GGGAGGGCCGGUCCGCCGCACAGGAUGAUGGUCCAUCGUCCAUCAUGGAGGCGAUAUUUCACGAGAAACAAGAAGGAUCCCUUUGUGCUCAGCAUUGCCUCAACAAUUUGUUGCAGGGAGAGUACUUCAGUCCCAUAGACCUCUCUACAAUUGCACAACAGUUGGAUGAAGAAGAGCGAGAAAGAAUGGCAGAGGGAGGAACUGCUACAGAAGAAUACAGAAUAUUUUUACAGCAACCUUCAGGGAACAUGGAUGAUAGUGGAUUCUUUUCAAUUCAAGUGAUUAGUACUGCCUUGAGUGUAUGGGGUUUAGAGAUUACCCUCUUCAACAGUCCAGAAUAUCAACGGUUAAAGAUUGAUCCAGUAAUUGAAAGGGCAUUUAUUUGCAACUACAAAGAACAUUGGUUUACAGUACGAAAAUUAGGAAAGCAGUGGUUUAACUUGAAUUCUUUAUUGACGGGACCAGAGUUGAUCUCCGACACUUACCUUGCCCUCUUCUUGGCACAAUUACAACAAGAAGGUUAUUCGAUAUUUGUAGUAAGAGGAGAACUGCCAGAAUGUGACGCCGAUGAGAUACUCAAAAGCCUGAGAGUGGUGCAACAAGACAGGCCAAAGCUAAUUGGAGAGGAUGCAAAUCAGCGAACAGAAAUCGGUCAGAGGGUACACAGCAAUGACUGGGAACGAGCUAUUGAUAUGUCUAAAUCAAUUACAAGUGUUCUGGAUGAGGAUGAUGAAAAUCUGCAGAGGGCAUUGACAUUAAGCCGCCAACACAUGGAGACAGAAGAUGAAGAAGCAGAUCUACGAAGAGCAAUUCAUCUCAGCAUGCAAGGUUUUAAGCAAGGGACAGAAAAUUCUGAAGUGUCCUCAUCUUGGAAUGAUGUUGCACAAUCUUCAAGAGCCAAUCAAAUGGAAACUCCAACAGCAGAGGAGCUACGAAGACAUAGACAAGCGUACUUUGAGAGAAAACAGCGAGUACAACCAGAAGUUUCAGAUCAAUCAGAAAAACAAAGUUGUUCAAUACUGAAGACCAAUUCAGCUGGCAUGACUGAACAAGAACUGCCUCAAGCAGAUGGGCUGAAGUCGUUAGAAGCUGGUGCCAAUGAUGAUUCAAAAGGGGAAGGAAGUUAAUGUGAAAACUAAAUACCAGCAAUAACUCUUUCCCAUUGCUGAUCCAUAUGUGCAGCAUUCCACCUUUACUUCAGCCACAAAGACAAAUAUGUGUGUUUUCACAGAGAGCAAAAGGUUAUUUUCACUCUUAAUGCAAAGAACUUUUGUGGUUGUCUUGUGGGAUAAUUUGUAGUUAAAAGAAAAUGCAAGAUUUUCUCUUUCUUAACUUCAAUUGUAGCACCUUAUCUUCUGAAAAACCCUCUUCAUGCACAAUCUAAUUAAGAAAAUUACAGGGAAGAAAUUCAAGAUUUCGUAACCAAUUUAAAAAAAAAACGUUUUUGGUAUUUUCUGAUCUACCAAUGAUGGGACCUAAGAAGGCAAAUGCUCAAGUGUUUACUUUUUGAAAACAUACUUUAACUCUCUUAACUAUAGCUUAUAUUCAAAUCAGGUUCAAUUAAAACAUUGAACGUAUCAAGAGAGAUGAUAUGCAGCACGCAGUUGAGCUUUGUGGCAUUUUGUGACGCUUGAAAGUUGGUAGAUCUGUUUUUAUCUUUGAAUUUUGACCUUGUCUUCGUGUUUAAUUGUUCUAACACAAAGUUCCUGUUAUGUUGAAUGUUUAUUGCAGAGCCAUGCAGAUAUUUGCUUUUAAAGUCUUUUGUACUUGAACCUGUUCCCUGUAUUUUGAGAAGAUCAUACCAGGGAACAUAAAUGUAUAAAAUGGAGUUCCAAGAGUUAGGUAAAAUUACACUUGAGUAGUCUGUGAUAGGUCAGCUUCAUCUUUUAAAGCAAAAUGCGGGUUCAUAUCAUAAUUUUCACUGGGAAAUGUAAAGGAGUAAAUGGGAGCUGUGUGUGCUUUGCAGAUUGUUUGCUGUAUUCCUGAUUACAUAAUAUAAACAAAGUCAAAAUUGCUGUGUAUUGAGAUUUUUUGUUGCUUACACUACAUAAUAAUGUCUUUAUGAAGUUAAUGAGUUAGGAUGGGCCAAGUUUAAAAACAAGAUAACGUGUCUUUUCUUUGGCAUGCUUUAAAAGUCUUAACCUUCAGAUUAAAGUGGCUAUUUGUCCAUAGCUCAAACAUAGGCCCUCAGUGUAAUACUGUAGUUCCUGCAGCUUAGUACAGGACCAACGAAUCAAGGUUCCAAGCCUGCUAUGGCAGGUUUUAAAGUUUCAGUCAAUAAGUCAGAUAAGAAGUGAGAAUGAAGAAUGAUGGAUAGGGUGAAUAGCCAAGAUCUUUUUCCUAGGGUGGAGGAGUCAAAAACUAGAGGAUAUAGGUUUAAGCUCAGAGUGAAAAGAUUUUAAAAAUACCUGAGAGGUAGAUGGUGCAUGUAUGGAAUGAAUUGCUAGAGGAAAUGAUGGAGGCUGGUAGAAUUACAGCAUUUAAAAGGCAUCUGGAUAGGUAUAUGAAUCGAAAGGGUUUAGAAGGAUAUGGACCAAAUGCUGGCAAAUGGAACUAGGUCAGAUUGGGAUGUCUGGUCGGCAUGGAUGAGUUGGACCAAAGGUUCUACAUCUGUCCAGUAUGAGUCUAUGUCUCUGUAAUUGACCAUGACAUUUCUGUCAUUUAAAAAAAAACGUAACUAGUUUUCACUAAUGAAAUUUUGGGAAAUGAACUACCUUCCUGCAGUCCUAGGCUCUUUACUUUCAGGGCAACAAAGGUGUGUAAUAAAUGCAGGCAUGUCUUUGCUGCCCAUGCCCAAGCACAUAUUUUAACUUGUUAAGUACAUUAUUUUUAAGUGCAAAUUUGAGCAAAGAAUGACAGCAUUUUUAUUGCAUUUCUUUGUUUCUGUCUUUGCUCAAAUAUUUUGUCUUGAGAAUGACUGAAAAAAGAUUUUUGUCAAAUCUUCAUCUUACACUCAGGACAAUUCAUGAGAGUAAGGAAAGCUACCAUUUAUACUGAAGCGGGGAGCUUGCUGAUGCAUUGGUAAUUGGGCUGCAUUGGGAGAGGCUUUGGCAUAGGGCAGGCACUUAUUAGUUAUGUGACAGCCGUUUGCUGCACUGUCUUGACCAAUGUCCUGCUCAGAGUCAUUCUUCCUGGCUUAAAAUUUCAGUUGAAUUAGUAUUCUUGUGAAAUAUCCUGAUGAGUGCAAGAUGAAAAGCUUUGACAAACUGGCUUUUUUCAGCAAUACUCUAGUUCAGUACCAACAAUCUAUUUCAUUUAAGCAAGACUACAGUUUUGCAGCUACUGGCAAUAAUUCAGCAUUAUGGUUUGAAUGGUACUCCUCUCAUACUCUAAACAGUGCAUUCUAACAUUUGGAGGGUGAAGUGAAGCAAGGUGGCAAUGUAGAGUCAGACUGAAAUAUCUGCAUCGAAAGAAACACACAGAAACCUAUGAUUAGGCUAAGGAGGGACUACCCAUUUUUGCUGUCUUCAGUUAUUUAACUUGGAAACACUGAGACUAAUUAGAUCAGUUGAUUCAUCUCAAUUUGAAUGGCAAAGGCCAGGAAUGGAAUGUCAAAGCUUCCUACUUUGUGCUAGAGUGCUAUAUCUUGCAAUACCUUUAACUAUUGGGUUACCACAAAGAUUAGUAUUUUCAUUUAAGCAAGAGACAAAUUUGUCAGGCAUUUCUGUAAAAUAGUGUCUUGACUAGAAUCAGUCCUUGGACUGAGAAGAGUAGCCUGAUCGCAGUUGGUUUGACAGUGAGCACAGUCAUUGAUCGCCAAGUACUUGAAGGAGUAGGAGGAAAAAGCAAACCAAGUCCAACUUGUGCUCUGGUGAAACAGCCCAUUGAUGCUCAAGUGUCAAGGCUUAUGGGAACAAUAGAUUCUUAUGUAAGGAAUGAGAAGGUGACUCGUGCCUGUGGAACAUAUCUCAGUUAUAUUUAAUGCUUUCGAGAGAAGAAAGCAUUGAGCAGAAAAUGAAAACCAGAACUUGUAUCUGUUUGCAACUGUGUUUUUAACAAUGUUGCCUCCAACAUUGAAACUACCAUAAUCUCUAGUAUGUUAUAUUUUGAAAAAGAUGUGGCAAUGUUUUAAGUAUUUGUUAUAACUGUUGCAAUAUUUUUAUGUUGUAUUUACUAAAGUUUGAAUUUAAUUUCUGUCUAAAACGUUGCCUGCAGGAAUAAAAUUCAGCUUCUUUAAAAUAGUAAAGAACUUUGUAAGAAACAAGAGUCACUUACUAUCUUGUUUGACUUUACCAAGGAGGCAGAUGACGUAAUAUACGAUUAAUUGUGCUUUGCAAUGCUUUUUGCGUGUGCACACUGGAGAUAAGAUGUGUUGUUCUCUAAAAUAGUAACCUUGUU